CAAUAUUUUCUCCCUCUCUUCAUUUUCGUUCUCUCUGUCUCUCUCGAAGUUUGAGAGGUUCAGAUUCAGAUUAAAAACCAAAGAACAAAGCAAAAAAACCAAAAAAUAAAUUAACAAAAUGGCUACUGUGUCCCCUCUCGCCAAAUACAAGCUCGUUUUCUUAGGCGAUCAAUCGGUCGGCAAAACCAGCAUCAUCACUCGCUUCAUGUAUGACAAAUUCGACACUAAUUAUCAGGCUACUAUUGGUAUUGAUUUUUUGUCAAAAACAAUGUACCUUGAAGAUCGAACAGUUCGUUUGCAGCUUUGGGAUACUGCAGGACAAGAAAGAUUUAGAAGUCUCAUUCCAAGCUACAUAAGAGAUUCCUCUGUCGCAGUUGUUGUAUACGAUGUUGCCAACCGGCAAUCAUUUUUAAACACAAAUAAGUGGAUUGAGGAGGUACGUACAGAACGAGGAAGUGAUGUUAUUAUUGUCUUGGUUGGAAACAAAACUGAUAUUGUUGAUAAAAGGCAAGUUUCUAUAGAGGAAGGAGAUGCCAAGUCCCGUGAGAAUGGAAUCAUGUUCAUAGAAACUAGUGCAAAAGCAGGCUUCAAUAUUAAGCCUUUAUUUCGCAAGAUUGCUGCAGCCUUGCCAGGGAUGGAAACUCUUUCUUCAACAAAACAGGAAGACAUGGUCGAUGUAAAUUUGAAACCCACCGUGAAUUCAUCCCAGACAGAGCAGCAAGGAGGAGGUUGCUCGUGCUAAAGAAAGGGUGUUCACCUAAGAGUCAAUUUAAGAGUCUGUUCACUAAGCACGAUUAUGGAAUUGACUUCUAAAUGUAUAGAUGCUGCUGAGGUAGACAUGCUUUCUUACCAAUGCUCAUCAGUUUAAUUGGGGGA